AUGUUCGCCCCUAGAAAAUAUAGUCGGCCUCGCCGCUGCAUUUUCUAUAUACUUGCCUUUGUGAUCUGUCAGCUGUUUUUCGUUUUCCUAUUUAUCCGUAAUGGAAGCUAUGAUAAUAAGGCAGUGAGUGAACCGUUGCAUCAUGAAAGUGAGAGUAGAAAGCACUUUCUGGAAUACCGUGAAUUUAUCUCGAAAACACCACAAAGGUCAGAGGAUUUUUACCAGUACAAUCUGCACUUGAGUGAUUCUUUGGGAGUAAUACGAAAACUGCCCUUAACGAAGCAUACUAGCUGUACGACCCGCUCUUAUAACCUCCCGCCCCCUUGGCAAUCCGAUGUGAGUGUGGUGAUCAGUUUCCACAACGAGGCGCGUUCGAUGUUGCUGCGCACCAUUGUUUCCCUGCUGCGACGAACGCCGGAGGAGUAUCUGCACGAGCUAAUUCUCGUGGACGACGGCAGUCAGGAUGUGACCCUGCUGGAUGACCUCAGGCGUUGGAUGGAGGAGGUUUUUGGUGGACGGAUGGAUCGCCUGGGGCUCAUCCUUCUAAAAAACCAGAAGCGCAUGGGCCUGAUUUGGUCGCGCAACAAGGGCGCCUCCUUGGCCGAAGGACAUUAUGUGCUCUUCCUGGACAGCCACUGCGAGGUGAACGAUGGGUGGCUGGAGCCCCUGCUGGAGCGACUGGAACUCAAUCCCCAGCUGGCAGUUAGCCCACUACUCGACCCCAUUGACCCGACCACCCUGAGCUACCGGAAGGGCAAUGAGCUGCUGAAGGGCGGUUUCGACUGGUCGCUCCACUUUCACUGGCUGAAACGACAGUUGGCUAAGAAGGAGCUCCCCGAGAUGGCCUACAAGAGUCCUGCCUUUGCCGGUGGAAUCCUGAUGAUGUCACGCGAAUGGUUCUUGCAGCUGGGAAGCUUCAAUUCGCAACUGAAGAUCUGGGGCGGCGAGUCCAUCGAGCUGGCCAUUAAAUUGUGGCUUUGCGGCGGACAAAUUGAGAUCGUGCCCUGCAGUCGAAUCGGACACAUCUUCCGGCGACUUCAUGCCUUCGACUUUCCCCCGCAACUCGACCAGCAGUUGAGCCCCGCCCAGGAAACCUAUCUGCACAACUCAAAAAUCAUUGCCGAGUCCUGGCUGGACGAGUAUAAAAAUAUGUUCUACGCACUGAGGCCGGUGGCCAGGCGAAUUCCAUUGGAUCACACCUACGACGAGAUGCAGAGGCUGCGCAGGGAGCGCCAGUGCCAGCCCUUCGAAUGGUAUCUGCGGCAUGUCAGUCCCGAACUAAGGAUUCACUUUGACGAGCUGUCGGCGACGGGAACGCUGCGGAAUGAGGAUCGGUGUCUGCAUGCCAGACAGAGUGACUCCCAGCUGAUCCUGGCGAGCUGUUAUCUUAGUGACAUCACCCAGUGGAGGAUGCUGCGCACCAGUGGCCAGCUGAGCACCCAGCGGGAAUUGUGCCUGGGCGUGGGCCACCGUAUGGGGAUAACCCUACAGCCGUGUGGCAGGAAUGAGACCACAAGAAACUCACAGCGAUGGCUCCGCCUGGGCACCCACUUCCUGCACGCCGAGACGCACCUGUGCCUGGAUAAUCCGCUCAAGGAGCGGCUGGAGAUGAGCACCUGCCGUUCGCAUGCCGUCUCGCAGUCCUUUCAAUUUGCAUUGGAAAUGGAUGCCAGCUAAUGAUACUCAAUACUCAA